GUGAUGCCGGCGUCCUUUGGCAGUGAGGAGGAAGGACUGGAGGAGAUGGACAGUCGAGAGGCAGCGCCAGAGGAGGAGGAGGAGGAGGGAGUCGAAGAUGUCUUCUCCGAAGAAGAGCAGCCGAAGGUGAUGAAAAAACGGAAACCACGGAAACAGAAAGAGAAUAAGACGCCGAAAAUGAAGAAGAGAAAGAAAGAGGACCAGAAGUCUUCCACGUUCCUUAUGGAUGACUGGGGUUUGGAGGACGUGGAUUACGAGUUCACGGAGGAGGAUUACAACACGCUGACCAACUACAAGACCUUCAGCCAAUUCCUCAGGCCGCUCAUUGCCAAGAAGAACCCAAAGAUCCCCAUGUCCAAGAUGAUGACGGUUCUGGGCGCCAAGUGGCGGGAGUUCAGCGCCAACAACCCGUUCCGAGGGUCUUCGGCGGUGCCCAACGACACCCCCACGGGGGAUGUGGAGACUGCCGUGGAGCAGGCCAUCGCCGCUCCCCCCCUCCCCAUCCCCCCGCUGCCCCCCCCACAACCUCCGCCCCUCCGCAAAGCCAAGACCAAAGAAGGGAAAGGCCCCGGCGUCAGGAAGAAGACUAAGAGCGCUCGGGCUGCCGAGCUGAAGAAAAAAGGGAAGGUGAAGAAGAUGGCUCCUCUGAAGAUUAAAAUUGGAGGUGGCAAACGCAAAAAGACCUCUUCGAGCGAGGAGGAUUCGGACGCGGAUGAUGGCAGUGGGAACGGCCCCGGCUCUGGCUCUGGUUCUGGCUCUGGCCCCGAGGGCGGCGGGAAGAGAGGACGGAAAAGCGGGAAAAGGAAGAGAAAACUGGAGGACGGAGAUGGCUAUGAGACAGAUCACCAGGAUUACUGCGAGGUUUGCCAGCAGGGGGGUGAGAUCAUCCUGUGUGAUACCUGUCCCCGGGCCUAUCACCUCGUCUGCGUGGAGCCUGCGCUGGAGACCGCACCCCAGGGCCGCUGGAGCUGUAUGCACUGUGAAAAGGAAGGGGUCCAGUGGGAACCGAAGGAGGACGACGAUGAUGAGGAGGAGGAUGAAGAGGAAGGGGUGGAGGAAGAGGAUGACCACAUGGAGUUUUGCCGAGUGUGUAAGGACGGAGGCGAGCUCCUGUGCUGUGACACCUGCCCCUCGUCCUACCACAUCCACUGCCUCAACCCGCCCCUUCCCGACAUUCCCAACGGCCACUGGCUGUGUCCUCGCUGCUUGUGCCCGGCUCUGAAGGGGAAGGUGCAGAGGAUCCUACACUGGUGCUGGGGGCCUCCCCCACUACCUCCCACUCCCCCAAGCAUACCGGACCUCGCCCCGGGCACUGAGCCCCCUAAGGCCCUGGCAGGGAGGCCAGAGCGAGAAUUCUUUGUGAAGUGGGUGGGGCUGUCAUACUGGCAUUGUUCCUGGGUCACAGAGCUGCAGCUGGAGCUGCAGCACACCGUCAUGUUCCGGAACUUCCAGCGGAAGAAUGACAUGGACGAGCCGCCGGCGUUUGAGUAUGGCUCUGGGGACGACGAGGGGAAGAGAAAAGAUCCGGAGCAGGCGGACAUGGAACAGAAAUAUUACCGCUACGGUAUCAAACCCGAGUGGCUUAUGAUGCACCGGAUCAUCAACCACAGCAUAGACAGGAAAGGGGAAGUACAUUACCUGAUCAAGUGGCGGGACCUGCCCUACGACCAGGCGACCUGGGAGUUUGAGGAUUUCGACAUUCCCGACUUCGACACCAUGAAGGAUAAUUACUGGAAUCACAGGCAGCUGAUUAUUGGUGAGGAUGGCAGACCAUCCCGGAAACCCGGCAAGAAAAUCCGCAAAAGCAACGAGACCGAGUUCCAACAACAGCUGGGAUCCCCCACUGUGGAUCCCACAGUGAAGUUUGACAAACAGCCGGAUUACAUUGACAUGACGGGGGGCACACUGCACUCCUACCAGCUGGAGGGGCUGAACUGGCUGCGUUUCUCCUGGGCUCAGGGGACCGACACCAUCCUCGCCGACGAGAUGGGCCUCGGCAAAACCGUGCAGACCAUUGUCUUCCUCUACUCGCUCUUCACAGAGGGCCACUCCAAGGGCCCGUUCUUGGUCAGUGCCCCGCUCUCCACCAUCAUUAACUGGGAGCGUGAGUUUGAGAUGUGGGCGCCCGACUUGUACCUGGUCACGUACACGGGGGACAAGGACAGUCGCUCCAUGAUCCGCGAGAAUGAGUUCUGCUUCGACGACAACCCGAUCAAGAGCGGCCGCAAGCACUUCAGGAUGAAAAACCAGGCUCACAUCAAGUUCCACGUGUUGCUGACCUCGUACGAGCUGAUCACCAUUGACCAGGGGAUCCUGGGCUCUGUGGACUGGGCCUGUCUGGUGGUGGACGAGGCCCAUCGGCUGAAGAACAACCAGUCAAAAUACUUCAGGGCCCUGAAUUCCUAUAAACUGGAUUACAAGCUGCUGCUGACGGGAACACCGCUGCAGAACAACCUGGAGGAGCUUUUCCACCUCCUCAACUUCCUGACGCCCAAGCGAUUCAAUAACCUGGAGGGUUUCCUGGAGGAGUUUGCCGACAUCUCGAAGGAGGACCAGAUUGAGAAGCUCCAUGUCCUGCUGGGGCCUCACAUGCUGCGGAGACUCAAGGUUGACGUCUUCAAGAACAUGCCGUCCAAAACCGAACUCAUCGUUCGUGUGGAGCUCAGCAUCAUGCAGAAGAAGUAUUACAAGUUUAUCCUGACCCGGAAUUUCGAGGCUCUGAACUCGAAGGGAGGCGGCAACCAGGUGUCACUACUCAACAUCAUGAUGGACCUGAAGAAGUGCUGUAAUCACCCGUACCUCUUCCCCGUGGCAGCCGUGGAAGCCCCGGUUUUGCCGAAUGGAUCCUACGAUGGCAAUUCUCUGGUGAAAUCCUCGGGGAAGCUGAUGCUGCUGCAAAAAAUGCUCAGAAAGCUGCACACCGAUGGGCAUAGAGUGCUCAUCUUCUCUCAGAUGACCAAGAUGCUGGACCUGUUGGAGGAUUUUAUGGAGUUCGAGGGCUACAAAUACGAGAGGAUCGACGGCAGUAUCACCGGGAACCUGAGACAAGAGGCCAUCGACCGCUUCAAUGCCCCCGGAGCGCUGCAGUUCUGUUUCCUGUUGUCCACGCGGGCCGGGGGUCUGGGCAUCAACCUGGCCACAGCCGAUACCGUGGUCAUAUACGACUCCGAUUGGAACCCGCACAACGACAUCCAGGCGUUCAGCCGUGCUCACCGCAUCGGGCAGAACAGGAAGGUGAUGAUUUACCGCUUUGUGACGCGGGCCUCGGUGGAGGAGAGGAUCACACAGGUGGCCAAAAAGAAGAUGAUGCUGACACACCUGGUGGUCAGACCGGGGCUCGGCUCCAAGUCCGGCUCCAUGUCCAAACAGGAGCUCGACGACAUCCUCAAGUUCGGCACCGAGGAGCUCUUCAAGGACGACGAGGCUGAGAACAAGGAGGCCGAGGAGAGCAGCGUUAUUCACUACGACGACUUCGCCAUCUCCAACCUGCUGGACCGUAACCAGCGAGAGGCUGACGACCCCGAGAUCCACAACAUGAACGAGUAUCUGAGCUCCUUCAAGGUGGCUCAGUAUGUGGUGCGGGACGAGGAGGAGCAGGAGGAGGUGGAGCGAGAGAUCAUCAAACAGGAGGAAAACGUGGACCCGGAUUACUGGGAGAAGCUGCUCCGGCAUCACUACGAGCAGCAGCAGGAAGACCUGGCCCGGAACUUGGGCAAAGGGAAGCGGAUCCGCAAACAGGUCAACUACAACGACGCCUCACAGGAGGACCAAGAGUGGCGAGAUGACCUUUCGGACAACCAAUCUGAGUACUCGGUGGGCUCCGAGGAUGAGGACGAGGACUUUGAGGAGAAAUCGGAAGCCGGACGACGGAAUUCCAGGAGACAGCUGAAGAGCGAGAGGGACAAGCCCCUCCCCCCGCUGUUGGCCAGAGUCGGGGGUAACAUUGAGGUGCUGGGGUUUAACGCUCGGCAGAGGAAAGCUUUCCUGAACGCAUUCAUGCGCUGGGGUAUGCCCCCACAGGACUCCUUCAGCUCCCACUGGCUGGUGCGGGAUCUGAGGGGCAAAAGCCAGAAGGAAUUCAGAGCCUAUGUGUCUCUGUUCAUGAGGCACCUUUGUGAGCCCGGGGACGGCUCGGAGACGUUUGCGGACGGGGUCCCGAGGGAGGGGCUUUCCCGCCAACACGUCCUGACCCGCAUUGGAGUGAUGUCGCUGGUGAGGAAGAAGGUGCAGGAGUUUGAAUAUAUCAACGGUCGAUACAAUCCAGAGCUGAUGCCGGCGGCUGUGGAGUGCAAGAAACCAGCUGAUUGUCCGCCGGCUGAUGGCAGUGCCCCGGUGCCAGCCAGCCCACCGCUCGGCACGGCCCCCGGACCCUCAGAGAAACCCGAGGCUCAGGCCGGGAUACAGGAAGAGGAUGGAGAGAACAGGACAGCGGAGACGGAGGCUCCGGUUCAAGUGGCUGUGCGCUUUGAGAAGGUGAAGGAGGAAGAGGAGGAGUGCAAAGAGCGAGAAAAUGAGGAAGAAGUGAAGGAAAAGGGGGAGAGCGAGACCCCAGAGCAACCGGCAGCUAUAGAGCUAAAAGCUGAAGAAAAGGAGGAGACAGAGGCUGGCGAAAAGCUGCCGAACGGAGAGAAUGUGAAAGAAGUUGCCGGAAAAGGGAAAUUCAUGUUCAAUAUAGCGGACGGAGGUUUUACAGAGUUACACACUUUGUGGCAGAACGAGGAACGAGCUGCAGUUUCUUCCGGAAAGAUCUGCAAUAUCUGGCACCGGAGACACGACUACUGGCUGUUGGCGGGAAUUGUCACGCACGGCUACGCCCGAUGGCAGGACAUCCAGAACGACCUGCGCUCGGCCAUCAUCAACGAACCCUUCAAAACCGAGGUCAAUAAAGGCAACUUCCUGGAGAUGAAAAACAAGUUCCUGGCUCGGAGAUUCAAGUUACUGGAGCAGGCGCUGGUGAUUGAGGAGCAGUUGAGACGAGCUGCUUACCUGAACAUGUCCCAGGAGGCUGGACACCCAGCUCUGUCCCUCAACAGCCGCUUCACAGAGGUCGAGAGCCUGGCCGAGAGCCACCAGCACCUGAGCUCUGAGUCUCAGGCCGGCAACAAGCCCGCCAACGCUGUGCUGCACAAAGGUUUGUCGCCCCAGCCCGUCCCUUCCCCCUCCAGCCUCCGUCACCGCCAGGGCUCGGGCAACGACAGCGCCCCUCGCUGACCUCCCACCCCCCCCCC